AUGGCUUCCGCAUCGAAACGCAAAUCCCACGAGAUGGCCGACGCGUAUCCCAGUGCCGAGGACGCAACGCCCACAAACGCCUCCCCCAGAAAGCGCAUGCGCAUUACGCGAAGCCAGAAACAGGCACUGAUGGACAAUCUGCAACUUGAGCUCACGGAACGAGCACGCAAGCUCCGCGCACAAUACGCCCUCCAAGCACAAGACCUGCGGGCGCGAAUCGAGCGACGCGUCAAUCGAAUCCCCGUGGCCCUCCGAAAAGCAAAUAUGGGCGAGCUGCUCGAAAAACACCAUGCUGCCCUCCGCGCUCAACUCGAGAACCCGUCGCCAAGGAAAUACCGCAGCCCGGCAAAAGGGUCCCGCAACUUCACGGCCAUUUCCGCAUCAGGCAGAAAGAAGGCUGCGACCGUUAGCCCGAGCCCACGGCGAGUGAGGAAGCAGCAUAGUCCCGCCGGCAUCUACUCGGAUAAAGAAAAUGCCCCCGCAUCAGGCGAGCAGCUUGACGUGCUCAAGAACCCCAAGCGACGCGUCAAACCUGCCGCCGGCGCCGGUACUUCGCGCGUUGUCUCUCAGGAAGUCCGAGGAGCAGACUACAGGAUUCUCUCUCCCAAGUCCUCCAAUUCCAGAACCUACCCCCAAUCCCCUCUUCUACGCUCGCCAGAGAAAGCCCAGCCCUCUACAUACCUCUCCCGUCCUAUGUCACCCCUGAAACCUUCUAGCCCUCUCAAGUCUACCACGGGAAACUACGCCGCCUCCCGCCCCGGCUCAGCACGAGGCGCUGCCCCUCCUCGUCCACCAUCCUCGCAGACCAAACGCCCCGCCAGCAGAGCCGCCACCGCAGGACCGAGAUCAAUUCGCUCUCCCCUGUCACGGCCUGGAACUCGCCAGACUGAUCGCAGAGGAAGCGUUUCCUCAACCACCUCGUCUGGCACAACCGUGGCUAAGAGCUCAUCGCGGAAAGUGACCACUGCGUCGACGGCGUCGACUGCCAGCGCUGCAGCAAAGAAGGCGUCUGCUGCGCGAGCUAAAGCUCCCGCUGCAGCGAAGAAGACUACUGUUUCAGGAUCCAGGAAGGCUACCGUGUCGGCAGGUGGUGAAACUGCAACAGGGGGGCGCCGCAUUUUGCGGAAUCGGGCUUAA